AUGUCCAUCACCUACAUCCCCAGAAAUAGCCCGAGCUUCCUGCAGCUCGAUGAAGCCCAUCACGGCUCCCAUUCCUGGCCAGGGCUCUCGGAUGAUUCCAUGACCGAGUUUGAACUCGAAAAGUCGCUGCGCAUCAAUUUCCUCAAGGCUUUUGAUAUGAUCAGAAGAAACAAAGCCCCCGCCGGCAACGACUCUGCCGAGCUGCACACCGCCUUUAACACGAUCGUCAACAGCGGACUCUUCCACAAGUUCUUCCCUCAUCUGCACUCGCUUCCUUAUAAAGGCCCAGAUGCCCCGCUUCUGAGACGAUCAUCGUCAGUGUCGAUGCUAUCUGGUAUCCUCGUCCAACGAACGAGCAGACCCUCGUCCCCCUGUGGUACCCCCGUCACCUCAAACAGUGAGUGCGGAUUGAGUAUUUCGGCCAUCACUCUGGUCUCGACCAGCAGCUCUGUCGCUUCGCGCCAGCUUUGCUUCGAAGACGAGAGUCCACAAGAUCGCCAACGCCGACUCUCGAUGAUUCGCCUCUCUCGUUCCUGGGUCGGACGUCGGCUUGCCAAGGCCAUUGACAAACUGGAAACCAUCUCGAAGCGAGUAUCUGUUGUGUGUACCCGGCUCGGCUAUAUCAAGUCGACUGGCAUCUCGGUUAUGAAGACUGCAGGCUAA